GCCGAGAAAAAAAAAAAAAAAAAAGUUUGGAGACAGAGUUGACAUUCAAAAUGCACACUUCACUCAAGAUCAGUCUGCUAUGCCAAACGAAUACUUAAAUCUAGUAAAUAUUACCAGGAAGGAGAGGGAGUUUGUUGACCUCUUUUUUGUUACCUCCAUAUGACAGGUUAAUAGGUUUCUUUUUUCAGUUCUUGGCAAUGUUUCCCAGCCCCAGCACGUCCACUCCCUUCUCUGUAAAGGAUAUAUUAAACCUGGAGCAGAGUCAUGACGUUAUGGUGUCUUCUCUGGACGUUUCUUCUCGUAUGGACUGCUGCACCGUGCCGACCUCCUCCUCCUCCUCCUCCUCCUGCAUGCUGGCCCGCCUGAAGCAGGAGCCUCUGCGGGACAUGUCGUCCACCGCCGCCUCGCUGUUUGGAGAAGACCUUCACGAGCCCAGAGCCGACAGAGGCAAUGCCCUCAACUAUACUACCUUUUAUGGGAAAUCACUCAUGGACAUGGACAUAGUUAAGGAUGGGAAAUCAGGCGCGUUUGAAGGGAAACGUAGAAAAGGGGACUUCAGCCCUCCGACCGAACCCGUGGACGACAUAAAAACAGAGGAUGCGGAGCGACCCAAGUCCCGGAGACGCAGGAAGCCGCGGGUCCUGUUCUCCCAGGCGCAGGUGUACGAGCUGGAGCGCCGCUUCAAGCAGCAGAGAUACCUGUCCGCGCCGGAGAGAGACCACCUCGCCGGGGUGCUCAAACUCACCCCUACACAGGUGAAGAUCUGGUUCCAGAACAGGAGGUAUAAGUGCAAGCGGCAGCGGCAGGACCAGAGCCUGGAGAUGGUGUCCCUGCCGCCGCCCCGGAGGGUGUCGGUGCCGGUGCUGGUGCGGGACGGGAAGCCUUGCCUGGCGGCAGACACGGCCGCUUACAACCCCUCCUACAGUAUGGGCCACCUCAACCAUUUCACUUAUAACAACUAUCCAGCUUUCAGUAACUACACCAGCACCGGCUGCAACACAAACUAUGCGUGUAACUACCCUGCAGCCACAAUGCAAACUCUGCAAGGAUCCUCCAACAACGGGAAUUACAUGAACUUUGGGGUGGGGGACCUGAAUAAUGUCCAGAACCCAUUUCCCUCCAGUACUGGGGUGUCUUCGUUACAUGGCAUUAGGACAUGGUAAACCUAACACCCAGUGGUGGCCCCCAUUCAGUUUAACGGGAUUAUUUGCAUGCAUUUUAAAUCUGUGUAAAGACUUAGUCGAGCUUGUAGAACUUCUCUUAUAUUUAAUUACCUACUCACUUUUGGUAGUUUUUCGUUUUUGUUUUCAGCACCACUUUUUGUCUGAAUAGUCUACAUUUUUAUUCAUUUCCGUCACAUCAGCGAACAGGCCGUGCCAUUUGAGCGGAAAUUAAAAAAAAAAAAAAGUUCUUUAAUGUUAUUCUAAAUUUUCCCCUCAUUUUCUAUGUGUACGUUAUUUAUUUGUUGACACCAUGCGGUGGAUUGUUAAAUGUUCUUCUCUAUAAAAAUGGGCGAAGAUGAAAAACACAAAAUAAAAUUGCAAUAACUUUUGGUUAUGGAAAAUGAUUACUUCUAUAGGCUAUUAUAAUCAUGAUUGUGAAUAUUACUGACAUGCAAUUAUUUAAUUAGAAAUGCUUAAAGUUGCAGUGGAAUGAUUGGUUCUGGCUAUAAUCCCUGAAUCAUUUAAAAACCCAGCAAUAACAAGUCUCCAUUAUGUAAUACUGACAUAUAUAUAAUAUAGUUAUGGGAGUAUAUAAUCCGUGGCUGUGGGUCACAUGGUUGAACUAGUUAAACUGUAGAUCCACAUAAAGGACCCUAACAUCUGUACACCCCCCAUAUGGUUUGUGUCUGGUUAAAGUGUUCAAGUGGCUAUUAGGAAGCUUCCUUCAAUAUGCUCAGACAAGGUUAAAAGGUUGUUAAAAGUUGAGAGUUUUUCCAAGCCGCUGUCAGCCACGUGCACCCCCGUUUACAGUUGCUGGGACAGAGACUGCUGUGAGCCACUACUUUGACCUGUAUUAAGUGUUAUUAAAUCAGGUUCUGCAAGGAAAUGUGGGUUUUAAAGGCAUUACAAUUUGAUUUUCAAUAAUUGCGUUGUGUGUACAAUUAUUUUCUAUACAACCUGUCAAAAGCCACAGUGAAAGUCAACGGCUUUUGUCUGUACUUGUAAAUAUUCGGACAAUUCCAAGAUGUUACCUGAUCCACGACAUGACUAUUUUUGGACAGUAUACUUUAUU